AUAUUUGUAAGGAAUUGAGCUAUAAAAAGCACUGGAUAUCAACGAAACUGCAUCAGUUAGUUAGAGCUUCGUUACAAGACACAUUCAGUCCCCCUACAGCAGUUAUUGCAAUGGCGUUCAAACUUUGCGUUAUUUUGGCCAUCAUGGGUGUUGCCAACGCGGUUCUACUGCCAACGCUGGUUAAGAAAGUGGAAGUGGAAGCACCGGCCGAGUACCAGUUCUCGUACUCCGUACACGACGAUCACACCGGAGACAUCAAGAGCCAGCAGGAGGAACGUCACGGUGAUGACGUCAAGGGACAGUACACUCUGAUCGAUGCCGAUGGCCACCGUCGUGUGGUUGACUACACCGCCGAUGAGCACAACGGAUUCAACGCCGUCGUCCGCCGUGAGCCCCUGGAGGGACACAAGCUGGUAAAGACCGUCGUCCCAGUGCACAAAGUUGCUGUACCAGUGGCACACUAUGUUGCCCCUGCUCUGAAGGUUGCGGUUCCUGUUGCCAAAUAUGCUGUCCCGGUUGCCAAGGUUCUGGCUCCGGCUCAUGUAGCUACUGUGAGCUUCUCUGCACCAAGUCUUACCUACCACUACUAAGAACGUUUGACGCGAUGUAUAUGAAAUAGUGUCAGUACUUUGCAAUAAAUGUAGUAAAAUUUGUUUUUAUUUUCAAAAAAGUGUUUAAAAAGUGAGUGUAUAAUCAUAAUUUGAGUAUAAAUCUCAGAAGUAUAACAAAUGUCUCAUGAAAAGCUA